GCCCGAGCUUCGUCGCGGCAACAGAGCUUGAGCUGACGGCCACGCGCCGCCGUUCGUUCCGACGGUAACGCAGCGUGCCCUCGCGUGAUACGUGCGGCUCACGCAUAGCCGCUCGAGACCAAAAAAGAAGACGCACCGCGCGCGCGCGACGGCGAUGGCUCCGUUCAACCACGCCGCCGCGCUGUUGGCCCUCGCCGCGUCGGCGGGCGCCCUCGUCGCGCCGCGCUUACACGUCGCCCGGCCGGGCAAGGCCUCCCAGCUCGCCGCGUGGAAGUACGACAUGACGUCCGUCGAGCGCGCCCUCGACACGGAGCGCGACGCGUGCGGCGUCGGGUUCAUCGCCGAGAGCAAGGGCGGGCCGAGCCGCCGCGUCAUGGAGGCGGCGACGAACUGCCUCUGCGCCAACGAGCACCGCGGCGGGUGCUCCGCCGACGGCAUCUCCGGCGACGGCUCGGGCAUCAUGACGCAGAUCCCCUGGGAGGUCUACGAGGCGGACACGCCGCGCUUAAAGGAGCGGCGCGCGGCGCACCCCGGCGAGCGCAUGGGCUGCAUGACGCUCUUCGUGCCGCGGGACCCCGAGGCCGCGGCGCGCGCCAAGGAGGUCGUCCUCGAGGCCGCCGAGGCCACGGGGUUCGAAGUCGUCGCGUGGCGCGACACGCCGGUGGACGCGUCGGUCUGCGGCGUCGCCGCGGAGCUCGGCCGCCCGGACUUCGCGCACGUCUUCCUCCGCACGUCCGCGGACACGCCGACGCGCACGGAGCGCAACUUCGAGCGCGCGCUCUACCUCUACCGCCGCAGCCUCCGCGGCGCCUGGGACCGCGACGAGGAGCUCUACGUCGCGUCGUGCUCCUCCAAAACCACGAUCUACAAGGGCAUGGUCAACGCCGCCUCCCUCAAGCUCUUCUACCCGGACCUCCAGUCCGAGGACUACGUGUCCCAGUUCGCCAUCUACCACCGGCGCUUCUCGACGAACACGAUGCCCCGGUGGUCGCUCGCGCAGCCGUUCCGCUUGAUCGCGCACAACGGCGAGAUCAACACGGUCCGCGGCAACGUCAACUGGAUGGUCUCCCGCGCCGAGGCCGCCGGCGGCGACCUCGGCGCCAUCGCCGCGGGCUGCUCCUCCGAGGACCCGGACCGCGCGUGCGAGUACGUCGACCCCGAGAGCCUCGGCCCCGUCGUCGACGCGUCGAAAUCCGACUCGGCGAAUUUGGACGCGUCCCUCGAGCUCUACACGCGCGCGGGCCGCACGGUCGACGAGUCGCUGCUCAUGAUGAUGCCGCCGGCCAUCCCCGCGGAGAACGAGAAGGUCUUCUUCGACCUGCACGCGCCGCUCCAGGAGCCGUGGGACGGCCCCGCGUCGGUCUGCUUCUCCGACGGCAACGUCAUCGGCGCGCGCCUGGACCGCAACGGCCUGCGCCCGGCGCGCAUCACGCGCUACCGCGACGGCCUCGUGUGCCUCGGGUCCGAGAGUGGCUCGUACGCGCUCUUCCCCGGCAUGCCGCCGGACAGCGAGAUCCUCGAGCGGAAGCGUUUGGGCCCGGGCAUGUCCUGCCUCAUCGAUUUGGUCGCCAACGACGGCGGCUACUACGACGACAAGGCCGUCAAGGCGCGCAUCGCGUCGAACCCCAAGUGGCAGGAGGCGCUCGACCGCCAGCGCCGCUUCCGCCUCGACGACAUGGACGCGCCCGCGUACGCGGUGCCCGGCGACCGGGACCUGCGCACGCAGGCGGCCUUUGGGUGGGGGUCCGAGGACGUGGACAUGCAGGUCACGGCCAUGGUGAAGACGGGCGGCGAGGCGACGCACUGCAUGGGCGCGGACGCGCCCCUGGCGGCGAUGUCGACGUUCGCGCACCCGGCGUACGACUACUUCAAGCAGCGCCACGCGCAGGUGACGAACCCGCCCAUCGACCCCAUCCGCGAGAAGCACGUCAUGACGACGGAGACCUGGAUGGGCGAGCGGCCCAACUGCGUCGACGUGGCGCUGGGCACGGACGACGGCUCGAAUUUGCUGGUUCGCAUGGACUCGCCCGUCGUCCACGCGGGCGAGGUCGACGUGCUCAAGACGGAGCUGCUCGCGGAGACGCUGGACACGACCUACGACCCGUCGCAGGAGACCUUGAAGGAGGCCGUGGCGAGAAUUUCACAAGAAGCCAUCGACGCCGUCGCCGGCGGCGCGCGCCUCGUGAUCCUCAGCGACAAAUCCUUCGGCGAGGGCCUCGACUCUUCCAAACGCCUCUACGUGCCGCCGCUGGUGAUGACGGGCGCGACGCACCACGCCCUCAUCGGCGCGGGUUUGCGGUUGAAGGGCUCGAUCCUCGUGGAGACGGCGCAGGUCUGGUCGACGCACCACGUGGCGACCUUAUGCGGCUACGGCGCGUCGGCCGUGCACCCCUACAUGCUCUUCCGCGUGGCGGCCCAGCUCACGACGCCGCCCAAGGAGGGCAAGAAGCCCAAGAUCGACGGCGUGACGCCCGCCGAGGGCGUCGCGAACGCGCGCGCGGCGCUCAAGACGGGCGUCUUGAAGAUCAUGUCGAAGAUCGGCAUCUCGGCGCUGUCGUCCUACCACGGCGCCCAGAUCUUCGAGUGCGUCGGGUUGCAUCCGGAGGUCGUGGACGUGGCCUUCAAGGGCACGGCGAGCCGGUUAGGUGGGUUGGAUUUCGAGGAGAUGGAGAAGGAGGUGAAGUCGAUGGUGAACUCGGCGAGUUACGAGAUCGACGACGACGACCUGCCGGUGUUCAAGCUCGCGAACUUCGGGUUCAUCAACGCGUUGCAGAAGGGCCGCGGCGGCGAGGAGCACGCCAACUCGCCCAAGGUCGCCAAGCUGCUCCACGCGGCCGUCCGCGAGGACGACGCGGCCGAGCGGAAAAUCAAGUACGACGCGUUCGCGGCCGCGCUCCGCGAGGACUCGCCCUUCGGGCUCCGCGACCUCAUGACGCUCAAGUACGCCGCCGAGCCGUCGACGGCGGCCAUCCCCCGCGAGUCCAUCUUCACGCGCUUCGUCACGGGCGGCAUGUCGCUCGGCGCGCUCCAGGGCAGGAAAAGAACGCACGAGUCGCUCGCCAUGGCCAUGAACCGCCUCGGCGCCGCGUCCAACUCCGGCGAGGGCGGCGAGGACAGCGUCCGCAACGACAAGGUCGGCGACAACCGCGACACGACGUGGAAGCACCUCAAGGGCAAGUCGAUCCGCGCCGACGACACGGCCGUGAGUCGCAUCCGCCAGGUCGCGUCGGGCCGCUUCGGCGUCACGGCGUCCUACCUCGCCACGGCGUCCCAGAUCGAGAUCAAGGUCGCCCAGGGCGCCAAGCCCGGCGAGGGCGGCCAGCUCCCCGGCGGCAAGGUCGACGCGUACAUCGCGUCCAUCCGCGCGGCGACCGAGGGCGUCACGCUCAUCUCGCCGCCGCCGCACCACGACAUCUACUCCAUCGAGGACCUGACGCAGCUCAUCUUCGACCUCAAGGCCAUCAACCCGACGGCGCGCAUCUCCGUCAAGCUCGUGUCCAUCAUCGGCAUCGGCACCGUCGCGUGCGGCGUCGCCAAGGCCGGCGCGGACGUCAUCCAGGUCAGCGGCCACGACGGCGGCUCCGGCGCCGCGGCCAUCUCGUCCAUCAAGCACGCCGGCGGCCCCCUGGAGCUCGGGCUCGCCGAGGUGCACAACACGCUCGUCGAGAACGGCCUCCGCGACGGCGUCACGGUCCGGGCCGACGGCGGCGUCCGCACGGGUUUGGACGUCGUCAAGCUCGCGCUCCUCGGCGCCGAGGAGUUCGGCUUCGGCACCGUGGCCAUGGUCGCCGCGGGCUGCGUCAUGGCCCGCGUCUGCCACACGAACAACUGCCCCGUCGGCGUCGCGACGCAAAAGUCGAAGUUGAGGGAGCGCGUCCGCGGCGAGCCCGAGGACAUCACGCGCUACUUCGAGUGCGUCGCCGACGAGACGGCGGACAUCCUGCGGUCCCUGGGCCUCGACUCGCUCCUCGCGGCCAUCGGCCGCGCGGAUUUGUUGGAGUCGCUCGACGAGGCCGCGAUGCACGCGUUGCUGCCGAAGACGAACCGCUUCGACGUGAAAUCGACGGUGCUCAAGCCCAUCGAGUUCGGCCCCCUGGGCGGCGAGGCCUUCGUGGCGCCGUACAAGCCGCCGCCGGCGCGGCCCCUCAUCUACAGCUUCGGCCCGAACGCGGACGGCCACUUCGACGACCAGUACCUCGGCGAGGACGGCCCGUCGUCCGAGCCCUACGCGAUCCUCAACACGGACCGCGCCAUCGGCACGCGCCUCGCCGGCGACAUCGCCCGGCGCCGGCGGGCCCUCGGGUCCGUGCAGCCCGUCGAGGUCAACUACCGGGGCUCCGCGGGCCAGUCGUUCGCGGCGUUCGCGGUCUCGGAGAUGCGCGUCACGCUCGAGGGCGACGCGAACGACUACGUCGGCAAGGGCCUCAGCGGCGCCCACGUGUCCAUCUUCCCGCCGAAGGAGGCCGUGGCCAACGGCGACUUCGUCGCCAAGGACUCGGUCAUCAUCGGCAACACGUGCCUCUACGGCGCGACGUCGGGCCGCUUCUUCGCGAACGGCCAGUCCGGCGACCGCUUCGGCGUGCGCAACUCGGGCGUCCAGGCCGUCAUCGAGGGCGCCGGCGACCACUGCUGCGAGUACAUGACCAACGGCAUCGUCGUCGUCCUCGGCCCGACGGGCAUCAACAUCGGCUCGGGCAUGACCGGCGGCGUCGCGUACCUCUACGCGCCCGACGGCGACGACGAGGUCGCCGCGCGGCUCAACAGCGGCAACGUCAAGGGCCGGAGGAUCGUCGACGCCGCGUCCCCCGCGGCCCUCAGCCUCAGGGGCCUCAUCGAGGACCACCUCGAGGCGACGGGCUCCAAGUGGGCCGAGGAGCUCCUCGAGGACUUCGACCACACGCAGUUCGUCCAGGUCGUGCCGCCGUCCGAGAUCGACCAGCCCAAAAACGCCGUCCAGGAGCUCGCCGAGGAGGAGGCCCCCGUGCCCGACCCAGUCGCGUCCAGGUAGAGCAGCGCCCGCCCCGGCCGGGCCCCGCGGCGGCCGCGAGCGCCGCCGCGGCACCCGCCCGAUCGCGCGCCCCUGCGCCGCGGCGUUGCACCUAAGUGAGUCUCU